GUCCGAGCUGGAGCAGCGCGUGCUGGAGGCGGAGGCCCGUGCCGAGGAGGCCGAGGACAAGGUGCGGAUGAUGGAGCAGCAGCUGGCACAGGCGGACUGGGCGCCCGGAGAAGCUGAGGAGCAUGCGCAGGCCGGCAGCGGACGCAAGGACACUGCCAUCACCAAGCUGGAGACCCAGGUCGAGGAGCAGAGGCAGCUACGUCUUCAGGACGCGAAACAAGUCGAAGCAAAGGCAGCCAAAAUUAAGGAGUGGGUCACCAACAAGCUGCGCGAGCUGGAGGAGCAGAACCAGCACCUGCGCGAGCAGAACCAGAAGUGCAACGCCCAGCUGGAGCUGCUGAGGAACCACCUGGCCCAGAGCGCGCUCGGCCUCGGACUCUCCAGGGACCACCGCUCCAGCACCGCCGGCUCCUCGUCCAGAGCCAGCCUCAGCCUGGAAGUGACCACGGCGAGCGACGACUCGCUGGGCAUCGCGCCGCUGGACCUGCCCACGCGGCCGCUCUCCACUGUUUCGUCUUCUCUCAGGCACUGCUCGGACGGCGCCCUGCUGGACAGCCAGGAGCCGCUCUACGCCGAGGUGGAGCGCCGUGCUCAGCCCGCCGCCAGCGCCGCCGCCAAGUUCUCCGGUUCGGACGUGCACAUGCUCGACGAGGAGUUGCAAGCGGCGGUGGAGGGUCUGGCCCUGCUGCCGUCAGUCUCGCCGCUGUGUGACACCGGAACCGGCACUGCCGACGAGGCAGUCCACGACUACGCUGAAAUCUACACCCCGAGCAGGGAGCGCGCGCCCUGGCUCGACGACGGACAGGGCCGGCGCGAUGUCUCACAAGGGGGCAGUACGAGCAGCACAACGAGUGGCUCAACGGACGCAUGUCGACCGCCGACGCCUCCACUGCACCGCUUCCCCUCAUGGGAGUCGCGCAUCUACCAGGUGGCAGCUGGUGGCCUGCAGGCAGAUGGCACCACAGGCCACACCAGUGCGGGGCAUCAGCCGGCUGGUGGCUACUGUGACAUCUCAGUGCCUGUCUACGCCACCGUCAAAGGGCGUGCCAGCCAAAUUCGGUCGGUGCCAUUUACUGGCGACUCGUCGGACGAUUCAUCAGAUGGUGAGGGUGGUGAUGGUGCAGGACACAGCACGCGGGCAACCAACAGCAGCAGUGGUGACACGGACACGUCGCUGUCCAGCCCCUCGAAAAGCCUCAAGACGACGUCCAGCCUUUCGCCGGCCAAGCGCUCUUCCUCCGGCUCCCCGUCCAAGAGCAUGAAGAGAGCUGAAGUGCACUCGACCGAGCUCGCCAUGCCGACAGACACGUCGUUUGAGUCCGGCAUGUCAGACGACUACGCGAUACCACCCGAUGCCAUGUCGGGCGACUCGUCUGCUGACUCGUCACUGGCCGGCCUGCUGCACCACCACCACCAUCACCACCACCACCGGUCGUCGACGGCAUGUACGGAUGGCGGGGCGGUGCCCGCGGCCAAUGCCACUACCCCCAGACCUCCCGGGACGGUGCCAGCCACGGGGACGAGGACAGAAUCUUCCCUUGAGAAGUGCGGCCACCUUGCAAAGCUGGGUGGCAAGCUGAAGACCUGGCGAAAGCGCUGGUUCCUGCUGAGGAAUGGCGUCCUCACUUACUGGAAGUCACAGAAUGAUGUCAACAGGAAACCGCAGGGUCAGAUUGUCCUCGACGAAGUGUGCCGAAUCACCAGGGCCGAAGGUGCUGCCACGUUUGAGAUUUCCACCGGGAAAAAGACGUACUACCUCACGGCUGACUCCAUUGCCACCAUGGAGGAUUGGAUCCGAGUUCUACAGAAUGUGCAGCGCCGCAAUGCUACAAAGCUGCUCCUGGGCCGGGAAGACCAGAAGCCGACGGUGCAGGGCUGGCUGACCAAAGUGAAGAAUGGACAUGCCAAGCGCUGCUGGUGUGUCCUCAUCGGUAAAAUGUUCCUCUACUUCAAGUCACCCGGUGACACUAAUCCGAUGGGGCAGAUCAACAUGCGUGACGCCCGCGUCGAGGAGGUGGACCACGUGUCAGACUCCGACAGUGAGGAUCGCGACCCCGACGGGCAGCCGGGUCCAUCCGACCUCACUGUCGGGAUUUUCCCGUCGCACCAGGGACCGACGUACCUGCUCGUGCCCAGCAAGCAAGAGAAGGACCAGUGGAUGUACCACCUGACUGUGGUGUCUGGCGGGGGCCCGAGCGCCGGCACGCAGUACGAGCAGCUCGUCCAGAAGCUGAUGGAGACUGACGGGGAUCCCAACUGCGUGCUGUGGAGGCACCCGCAUUUGCUGCACAGCAAAGAGUGCAUCGCCUCACCACUGACCACGCUGUCAUCCGAGACGAUACAGGCUGAGGCCAUCAAGCUGUUCAAGUCAUGCCAGCUGUUCAUCUCGGUGGCGCUGGACAGCGCGGGCAUCGACUACCACGUGGUGCUGGCCCAGAAUGCUCUCCAGCAGUGCCUCGACAUGCCGGAGCUCCAGUCGGAGCUGAUUUGCGCACUCGUCAAGCAGACGUCACGCCACACGCACCACCGCCUGGGGGUCCAGUUGCUGCUGUGCGCAACCCAGUCGCUGUUUGCCUGCGACACCUCCUCCUCGUCCGGGGGGAGCGGUGCCGGGGGCAGCGGCAGUGGGACGGGAGCGGGCGGUGCAGGUGGCGGGCGCGGUGGCGGCUCCCCCACGUCGCUGCAGGCCACACCACCCCCCGCACCUGUCCUGCUCGACUGCAAGACGAACCCGCCCACGUUUGUGUUCGUGCAGGGCUGGCAGCUGCUUGCACUCGCCGUCUCGCUCUUCGUGCCGCGCAACAACCGCCUGUUGUGGUUCCUCAAGUGCCACCUGCACCGCAGUUCUGACACAAAGACGGAAUGCGGCAAGUACGCUGCUUACUGCCAACGUGCCCUCGAGAGGACGCUGCAGAAUGGGGGCCGUGAAGCGAAGCCGUCUCGCAUGGAAGUGCUGUCCAUCCUGCUGAAGAACCCCUACCACCACUCGCUACCCCACGCCAUUCCCGUGCACAUGCUCAACGGCACGUACCAGGUCGUAAGUUUUGACGGCUCAACUACGAUUGAAGAAUUUGUCGGCACGUUAAACCAGGAGAUCGGAUGUCGAGAUGUCGCACAUUCUGGAUUCACACUCUUCAGCGAUGACCCAAUUGAAAAAGAUCUGGAGCACUAUGUGGACUUGCAAGCCAAGCUGUGUGACGUUAUCUCCAAAUGGGAGACGGCCCUCCGGGAGAAAGGGUCAGGCAAGUUCGAGAACACGCGGGUGAUCCGGCUGACUUACAAGAACCGGCUGUACUGGCGCUCGCAGGCACGCACCGAGACAGAGAAAGAGCGGCUGCUGUUGUGCUACCAGGUGAACCUGCAGGCCGUGCAGGGCCGCUUCCCCCUCAGCCGCGAGCUCGCCCUCGAGCUGGCUGCCCUCAUGGCACAGAUUGACUACGGCGAGUACAACUCUGACAAGACGCGGGGCAGCGGGGGCGUUGGGGGUGCUGGCGGCGGGAACCUGCAGCAGGUGGUGUCCCAGGCACUCGACCGCUUCUACCCCUACCGCUACCGCGACGGCCUGUCCCCCGACGAGCUCAAGGAGCUGCAGGACGUGCUGGCGGAGAAGUGGUCGUCGCUGCGUGGGCGCACGGUGCUCGACUGUGUGCGGAUCUACCUGACGUGCACCCGCAAAUGGUCGCUGUUCGGGGCGUCGCUGUUCCAGGCGCGACUGCGCGCACCUGUGCCGCUGCCCCCAGAGUCCACAACUGCCGCCAUGCCAGAAGUGGGUGCUCCCCUGUGGAUAGCUGCGGCCGAGGACGGUGUAUCGCUACUCGAGCUGAGCACCAUGUCACCCCUCGUCAAGUACCCGUAUGCUCAGGUUGUCACGUUUGGAGGCUGCCAGGAUGACUUCAUGCUUGUCGUCGGCUCUGACGAAUCUGGAGGGGGAGCUUCUCAAAAGAUGCUUUUUGCUCUUAGCAAACCAAAGAUCCUGGAGCUGACACUGCUGAUCGCCGAUUACAUGAACGCCAUGGGCCACACGCUGCCUGGUACGCCUCAGAUGGGGACACUCACCCGCAACGGCUCCCACCGCUCUGUCCGCGGCCGUGGAGCCGCGCAGCAGCAGUCUCAGGCAGCUCCACCGGCUCCCGGCGGAACAGGCGGGGCGACGGUGUCGACGCUGCAGUCGCAGGUGACGACGUCGACAGGGGCCGGCAGCAGCACCGGAGGGCACGGCUCCGCAUCCGGAUCGGGUCCGCAGCCAGACAUUCUCAAGUCGACGCCCGACCACCAGCAGACGCCAGAGAGGCUGCACAGGACCGACUCCAAGAAGCGGGCGCACCUCGACAGUGGCGUCGCGUGACAGUAGGCGCUGCCAGCGCCGCACCCCCACAGUUCCUCCUCCGAGGAGUGUGUAGCACGCGUGUGGAAACAGUAGACGCAACGAGUCGUCUGCCACUUCUUCGAGUAGUGUUAAAGUAGUUUUGGACUCGGAACUGGGAGCGAGAUCUGUGCCGGAGCUGAAAUCGAGACAGUGUUAGUCGGACUGACAAAUGCAUUAGUAGAGAGGACUUUGUAAAUAGGUUAGAAAACAGAAUUGCAGCAACAGCUCUGCUUUUUUGUAUAGCAACAGAUAGCUUUUAUCUGAAUUAUUGCUUUUUUACGAGUUAUUGUGCAAGUCGUACUAAAGAUCGGUAGCUUAGGUUGUAAUCUGUAGCAAAAGUGAUGCUGAAAAGGAGAGAAAAAAAUUUAAAAUUGUGCAUAAAAGGCGUAUUUGUAAUCAGUGAGAAUGUGUAAUUUGGAGAGUAGUGAGGGCUAUAAACUUUUGAAUCGUUACGUGAGGCCUGUAGCAGCUUGUGCCCUUUAGGAAUAACACAGUUUGUCAGCCAGAUUUGAGUUAAUAUUAAUUUAUGGUAUCUUAAUGUGUCAACUUUAAACCCCACAAUGGGAACUCAUUCUAAUAAGUUCUAGCAGAAGACAAAUAUCUUGAAAUCAUUUUGUUCAGAAAGUACUGAACUUUUUUGUGAUUUGUCUUGUAGUCUCUUCAAACAAAUGCAAUAGCCAUGCUCAAAGAUAACACUACAGAAACUUGCAGACCUGUGUUGUGCUGCACCCCCAAAUUCCUCUUGAGGUGAUACAGUGUAUGUCCAGUUAAAUUUCAAAAAGCUUCUCUACUCCUGUAUUAGCAGAUUUGACCAAUAUUUGUGGACAUAAUCUUUUGACACGUAGAAUAAUAUUAUGAUAAAUUACUUACAAAGUGUCAACACCACUUGGGAAUGGCAUGGGGACAAGGAGGAGGGCAGGGGGGGGGGGGGGUU